CUUCCAUCGUUGUGCAGUCGCCGCUCUAUGGUUAUUAUAAUACAAACACUUUUACGAAGAAAUGGUUUUACCUACAGUACCUACCAAGUAACGCGAAAGUGCACAUUUUCUAGCAGCGCAAUGGUAGAUCGGCGAUAACGCGCCUGGCGUUGAAACUUACAUUGUAGACUCUUGGCAAGCACCCUGCAUACCUAGCUUCGUAGUAGCAUAGCUGCUGAAGCUGCCUUCGGGGAUGGAGGCUGUGAACAAGUGAGAGGAACGUUUCUCCCAAGGGAGCUGGAGCACGGACUGGGAGGGCGUGCAGGACAGCUACAUAUACAUUGAAAGAAGGAUGGAUGCGGGAAGGCCCAAGAAGAAGCGGAGCGAGCUUGAGCUGCUCCUCGGAAAUGGCGACGCAGGCGGCUUUGGUGCCUUCUCACCCAGGCUGCCGGCGCUGUCCAUCUGCAGCCCGACGCUAUCAGAAACAACAAUAGAAACUGAUGAACAGCUUGCUCGUCGACUUCACGAGGAGCUGAAUGGCACUCGGGUGUCGCGUCGCGGAAGCAAGGCUGUGGCAGAGGACCAGACACACCUCUCCCCCACAGCGAGGACUGCGGGUUCCCCGCACGCUCGCGCAAAGGCGGACACACAAGGCCCCGCGGGCAAAGCAACAGCACCCCCAGCAGCAGCAACAACAGGGGCCCGGGGUGGUGCCGUUGCGGCGCAGACCUCACUUCCCCCGGGGCCCCGCUCUGCCCCUGAGCCUCCUCCGGUUGCAGCGGCGGACGGCCCUGCACUGGCGGGUGCUGCUGGUGCCGGUGGCGUGGGCAGGGGGCCGGCCAGCGGGGUGGCGAGCGCCACCACGAGUGGGGAUGCAGCAGCAGCGGCACCGGCAGCAGCAGCAGCGGGCGAGGCGGCGGUGAAGCGCAAGCGGAACAGUGUGCCUGCGCGGGAGCUGCAUCUGCUGCUGCAGCAGGCCUCCUCGACCACCCCAAGGGCUGAAGCCGCGCGUAGUCCCUCACGCAGCGCCCGCGGCAGUGUCGUGGGCGGCGGUCGCGGCAACCCGCAGCCCUCCGCCAACCAGUCCGGCACCGCCUCUGCAAGCGGAAUGGCAGCCGACGCGCCGGUGUCGCCCACCGCAGCGGUGUCCCGCCGCGACUCGGACUCAGAGCGUGCGGCGUCGGGUCGGGGUCAGGGCCCAGGCGGAUGCACGGGUGCGGGUGCGUCCAACAGUGGGGCGAGUGCGGCGGCAGCAGCCGGACCGGCGGGCGGCUCGGGACCAGCGCCGCGGCCAUCCGCCUCCGCGCCCCUGCCCUCACCUCCGUCCUUGCUGCCUCCCAAACUGAAGCAGCGCUACAUGGCGGGCCUGAGCAACCUGGCUCCCCCUCAGACCGCUGCCGGCGCCCCCGCCGCGACAGCCUCGGGAGGUCGUAGCACCGCUGCCGCCACCCCCGCUGCCACGACAGCGAAUGUUGGUUCCGGAGGUGCUACCCCCGGCGGGGUGCUGUCCGGGGGCGCCUCGGGCGGCUCCCUGCUGAGCGGCGGCAGCGGUGGUAGCAGGCAGUCCUUGGCCGGCGCCAGCCGCCAGACUCCCUCGCAGUCGCAAUGCCGGUCGCACUCCCUGACGGGCAGCAAAGCAACAGCAGCAGCUGGUGGUGGUGGUGGUGGUGGUGGUUGUAACCGGGAUGGUGUCGCGGGUGCGGCCUCCCAUGCGGCUGGGAACUCGCUGCAGGGCUCCAAUGUCGCCGCAGUGGCAGCAGUAGCAGGUGCUGCUGCUGCCAUGGGUGGCGGCAUGGGGGUGUGCAGUGCCACGGACGAGACAGAGAACGAUGGGGGGACUGCCGGCUGCGGCGCGGCUGCGGCCAGUGGGGGUGCGGGUGCGGCCAUGGGUCCGUCCGCUACCUCGCCCAAGACGGCUGCUGCACCCGCGCCUGGCCUCCCAUCCCUGCCGCCGGCUCUCCCACCUUCAUCACAGCAGCAGCAGGAGCUCAAGCAACAGCGGUCAGCUGGGCAGGAGGCGCAGCAGCAGCAGCAGCACGGACCCAGCGGCAGCAGCGGCGCUGGGAGCGGUAGCAGUGCUGGGGGCAGCGCCCCACGUGGGGGUUCUGGAAGCGCAGUGGCUCCGCUGAAGGUCCCGAAGCUGCCCAUGAUCCGGGCGGGCCGGGGCUGGUACCGCGGCCGGCUGCUGCGGGAGUCGCCCGACGGCCUGCGAGUGCUGGUGGAGGUGCCUGGGGCGCCCGGGACCCCGGGCGGGAGCGGCGGCAGCAGCAGCCAGCAACAGCAGCAGCCGUUUUGGCUGCCUGCUGUUAGUGACCGCAUCUGGCGGGGUUCAUACAAGGGCAAGGAUUGGAAGUACCUGGGUGAUGGUGCUUGGGAUCCCAAGCCCGGCGCCUUCAAGCGCGGCAAGCUGGGCUCCUCCUCCAAUGGGCUGCCGCGGCCGCUACCGGCCUGGGCCGCUGGUGGGGGCGCCUCCCUGGCCCAGGACUCUGCAGCAGCAGAAGGGUUGGGAGAACUUAAGGAAGAGCUGAAGUCGGAGGAAGCGGCGGCAGCAGGCGCCAGUGGCAGAGACGCGCAUGUGGAUGGGGACGCCUCCGUGAGUGCUCGCGCCAAGCGGGAACGCGAGUGGGCUGAGCAGGAGGAGGAGGAGGCGGCUGAGGAGGAGCAGGAGGAGGGCCAGCCCGAUCAGCAGCAGCAGUGCCCGCAGCGCUCCUCAGCAGCGGAGGGCCCGGACGCAGGGUGCACCCAGCUCAGCGCUCAGCGGCAGGGCUCCCCGCAGGCGCCAGACGCCUCCUCACCACCACCAUCGGAGGAAGGCCCGGCUGACCGGGGCAGCUGCGGCGGCGGCGCAGCAGCAGCAGCCGAGGCAGCUGCGGGUGUUGCAAUGCAGGGCGCAUGCAACGCUGCUGUGACCGGGUCGGACAUGGCGGUUGAGGAGGUCCCGGCUGCAGGGGUCUGCAAGGCUGAGGUGGGGGAGGGGGAUACGGCUGGACCGGCGGAGGGCAGCAGCGGUCGCGGCGGUGCCGUUGCAGCGGCGGGCGAGGGCAGCAGCGGUGCGCAGGCGCCCAUGCAGCAACAAGAAGGCAUGACUGCGGCUGAUGCCGGGGCUGCGGAAGUGCAGCCCCGUGGCCGCUCGACGGGCGGAGGCAGUGAGGGAGCAGGCGCCGGGGCGAGCAUGAGCGCAAGCGCAGCUCUGGUUGCGGGUGAGGAGGCCCUCAACGCAGCGCCCCGGGCCAUGGGUGCGGAGGCAAGCGGUGCGAGCGGCUCCGGCUCUGGCGCGUGUGAGGGGGCGGGUGAGGAUGGGUGCGGCUGGGAGCCCGGCAGGGCCUUCCCGCGCACGCAUGCGCUGAGGCGCGCCAGGCCGCGUCGGCAGCCGCUUCGCACACCGCUGGAAGGUCUGCUGCCGCUGCUGGACCUACCGCAUGUGAACCACCAGCAGCAGCACCCGCAGCAGCAGCACAGGGCGCAGCACUACCAGCACCAGCAUGGGGCCUUCACGAGCGGUGACGAUUCGGCAGGAGAUGCCGACGUGGCGGCGACGGGAUCGGACGCAGAGCACGGAGGCAGACGUGGCAGCGACGGCACGGGUGUGCCGUACAUGGGCGGCCGGCGUCGUGCAGCCGCCAGGGCUGCGGCGGUGGCGGCGGCGGCAGCGCGUGCGGAGGCUGAGGCGGAGGAGGAGGAGCUUGAGGAAAUCAUGAUGGGUCGCCGGCCGCCGCGUCGGGACCGCUUUAACCCCAUGGCCCACCCAAGCCUCAGCAAUGGCGUCAGCAAGCCGCGGCACGGCAACCACCACCACAACCACCUGCACCGGUCACGUGGCGGCGCCAAGUCGGAUCACCACUUGUACGGAGGCGACAGCAGCAGCGCGCUGGAUGACGUGGUGACUGGGGAAGCAGCAGCGGGUGGUGGGGCGUACGGCAGUAGCCAACGUGGAGGCAGUCGUGGGCACUCCCAGCAGCCCCCCGCGCACUUUGGCAGUGCCAACGCGGGUUGGGGGGACGCCGGGCAGCACUGGCAGCAGCAGCAGCAGCAGGGGCAGGACGGCGGGGCAGCGGGAGCGCAGAGCGCUGCGGGGCAGCAGCGGAGCAGGCGGAAGGGCAAGCCCUCCCGCUCCCGCAUGGAUGGCGAGGGCGACGUGUGGUGCAACUGGGACGGCGAGUGCGAGAUGCAGGGCAGCGCCUGGGCGCGCAUGCCGCAGGCGCUGCGGAAGCUCUACUACGCCCCUCCUGCCCCCGCCACCGCUCCUGAGACCGGGGCGGAGGGGGCAGCAGCUGCAGCAGCCCAGCAGCAGCGGGGUGCAGCUGCCAAGCAUGGCGGCAGCGGCCACCAUCAGCAGCACUGCAAUCCUGCCCUAGACGGCGGCUACAGCGGCGGUCAGCAGUGGCACCGCCUCCACCAGGGAAGGCCCAGCGCGGGCGGCGGCUACCGGGGGGCCCAGGCGGCGCCACACAAGCGGAGGAAGGUGUAUGAGGAGGACCCGGGCGGCAUCUCACCCGAUGACGGGUUCGAGCCGGAUGACCACGAGCGCGAUGAUGACUACCUGCCGCCCUUCCCGGGUGCGGCCAGCGGCCGACGGUACGGUGGCGGAAGCAGCCAUGUGGGCAGCAACGGCGGCGGCCGGCGCCACAGCGGCAGCGGCGGAGGCGCCGCCAACAGCGCUGCUGCGGCAGUAGCGGCGUUUAAACGCCCGCGCGAGGGGGAUCAGCUGUCAUGGUGGCCUGGACCUGCUGGCGCAGACGUCGCCGUGGGUGGGUGCGCUGAGGCCCGGCGGGGGCUCAUGCUGAGCGGUGGCGGCUGGGGCCCCUCCGGUCAAUUGGAUUGUAACCUGGGUGGAGGUGCGGUUGAGCCGGCGCCGGGGUCAGCGCCGGGGUCAGCUCGUGGUGGCAUGAUGCCAUGUGGACUCGCGGGGUUGCUUGAGGCGGCGCUGGGAGGCCAUGAGCUGCUGGAGGCUGCUGCGGCUGCUGGGGGUGAAGAGCAACACGACGGCAGUGGCCGCAUGGAGCAGCAGCAGCAGCAGCAGGAGGAACUCCACAGGCCGGUGCAUGAGUCACAUGCACAACAGCAGCAGCAGCAACAACAACAACAACAAUGCCAGCAGCUGCAUAACCCUGCGAUGCUGCAGUACCUACCCGAGGGGGCAAGAGUGGACGGCACCCCUGCCACCGGUGCAGCAGCUGCAUCGGCGGGCCAGCCCGCCCCGGCGGCGCACCCGAUGCCUGCACAUGCUGCACAUGUGGCGCUGUCUGACAGCAGCGCCAACCACAGCCUGGGAGAGGAGGUCAAGGGCGCGGGAGCCGGGCAUGGGAGCAACACGAAUACGACUGCAGCACCCGCGUGGAUGCUAGGAGGCAGCGGUGCGGCAGGGGAGGGCUGCAACGCCGCCGGGCUGCCGCAGUUGCAAUGCGGAGGGGGCGGCAGUCCCCCUCCGCCGUCGGCCGUACAUCUGCGACCCACAACCCCCAGUCGCGCUCGCCGUACUGGUCGGCCGCCGUCCGUCACACUGGGCCCCGGCGGCGUGCUUCCGAAGCUUCCCGCGCUGUCGACCACUGCUUCCCUGAAGGCUCAGCUGGCAACGACUACCAGCGGUACGGCUGCAACGGGUGGUGGCGGCGGCGGCACUGCUAGCAUGGGCGGAGGUGGAGGCGGCGUGGAUGGAGCUGCCGCGGAGGCGCAGCAGCAGCAGCAGCUGCUGCAGCGGAGGGAUUCAGAACCCGGCAGUUACGACGCCGGGGGUGCUGGGUUAGAGACCCGGCAUUCCCAGGCGCAGCAUCAUCGCUAUUACCACUACAACCAUGAGCAGCACAAGCAGCAGCAGCAGCACCAGCAGCAGCGCACAUCCGUGGCGAUGGAUGUCUACAUGGCUGCAUGCGGCCGCAGAGCCAGUUCCGGGGGUAGCGGCGAGGAGGGUCUGAACAACGCCGCAGCAGCGGGCAUGGUCGUACACUCCAUGGCGGUUAGUGGUUGCAACGGUAACGGCAACGGCGAGGAGGGCUUCAACCUAUGGCGCGCUGCUGCCGGCUGCAACGGCGGCGCCGCGAUGCAUGCAGCACCCAUUGAGGACCCCGCCACCGCUGCUGGGGGGAGCACUGCGUAUGCGGACCGUAGCAAUGUUGGCGGCGAGGCCCUUACAGACGCGCUGAUAGGGCUGACUCCAACGGCAUGUACGACGGCAGCAGUACAUGGCGGUAACGGUAACGGUAACAGCCUGGCUACCGGCUGCCGAGUUCUGGAUGCGAUCGGUUCGUUACUGUACGAGAAUCAGCCCGUGAUGCAGCAACUCGCGUUGCGAGCACAGAUGGAGCUCGACAACGUGGCCUUUGUACGGCAGCAGCAACAUCAGCAACAGCAACAGCCGCACCUUAAUUACCGACAGCAACAACAUCACCUCACACCUGACGGGUUGCAUGCCAAAGAGGAGCAGCAGCAGCAGUGUCAUCAUGCAUGGCUGCAGGCACAGCCGUCUGGCGGGCACGGCGGGUUGCAUUCCGCUUGGUACGGGGGUCCAUGCGAGCUGGGGUCGCUGCAGCAUGCGGGGGCGGCUGGGGCGGCUGCCGACCCGCUGAUCGCCGCGCUGCCGAGUGUUGAGGUGGUGGCGAACCUCUUUGCAUCCCGAACGCCGUUUGGAGGGACACAACAGGCCCUGGCGGAGCUGAUAGGGGGCACCACGGCCCUGCCGCUCUUCAGGUGAUGAUGUUGAUGUUGACGCGCGUCACUCCUGGCGUAUGGACAGCAGACCGCGGUUGCUGCGGCGCGAGUGCAUGGCAUGCGGUUGUACUUGUGUGGGAAGGAGGAAGGAGGAGGGGGGGUCGUACAUACAAACGUGGUUCUUCUGAGUGUCUGUACAACAAGAGAAGGCGUGGGAAAUCUCUUAAAGAAUGAAGGGUGGAGUGUUUGAGAGACCUUGUUUGACGGAUCCUCCUGCAGGAGCGUUUUCUGCACAGGGGUCAUUUAAAAAGAGGGACGCAAUCAAUGCCAAUCAAUUGUUCCAUAUGCAUUCAUCCGGGCGCCGUCCGCGCCAACUUCGCCUGUUGAUGACGGUGGUGGUUCUUGGUGGUUGGUGGUGCCUGGCUUAACGGCCGUUGCAACAGUUGCGGCUGGAACUGCACAAGAGCUUUCCGCCAGUCAAUGGCGCGGGAAAGAAGCCCCUUUCCGGACAGCUGACCCGCCGACGGAUGGACCAAGACUGACCCAAGGCAGUAGGAUGCCUGGAGUUACUGCGAGACGCAUGACGGCGUGUGUGUUUCAUCGGCGCGGUGCUUGUGCGUUUGCUGUACGACAGGACCUUGCAGCCGUACUUAAGACAUCCUAUAUACGGUAGCCGCUGCUGCCUAGACUGACUUCAUCCGGGGCGUACCUUGUCAGGGUUGUGCGACAAAGCACCCCUCUCGGUGAUGAGAGGCGCCGGCUGCAACAAGCCCGCAUUAUUGUCCGGUUGAACCUGGUUGAACUGUGUGGUAUCCAGCUUGCUUGGUUUGGAGGACGGUUUGUGUUUGUGUCAAUCGAUGGCGCUGUCCGUGUCGUCUCGAGUGGUGGUCCCAUCUAUUGGGCCUUCUCAAUGGCCUCAGGAGCACCGGCGUUGAGCGCACAUUAGCACCAGCGGAGGAGUAGGAGGUGGUAGCGCUUGAAGCUGCUUUUCACGGGGCCCAUGUUACAAACGGCACUGUGGUGAAGUGUCUGCCGCGGUUGCAGCCUUGCAUGGUACGCAGCCCCUGGGUGGGGAUGGCGGCGGAAGCGCUGCACAUAACCGGUGGUACAACAGCAACAGCCACCGAAACCGUAUGAAGAAGCGGAAUUGCCUUGCCCUCCAAAGGUGUUCGCGUGCACGAAAACUGGCCGCGGAAAUGGGUGUCGAUAAAGAGGCGCCAUGUUGUGGGACGUUGCUAACAACUGGCCGUCACGAGUCGUGUUUGUGUGUUUGGCGCACUGGACUGCAUAAAACUGUACGUAAAGAGGGUGUUGAUGUGCGGGUGUUGGGGUUGUUCUUAUGGCCGUGGGGGUUUGGAUUGUUAUGGCGCACGGCUUUGACUUCCUGGCCUCAACCUUCUCAACCCCAACGGGGCAUUCUUUGUGUCUACGUGGGCACUGUCAGGUUGCGGGUACGUAAGUGGUGACAUGAACCGGUUUGGUGUGCCAGCACUUCAAUCAUUGCAAUGCAAAAGCUUACGUGGGGAACUGGGGAUACGGCAUCUACUUGGGCACGUUGACACCCGUGGUCACUUUGGACUCUUGACCUGAACCUUCAUUGUGGGAAUUCCGAAAACUGCAGGCUUGGGGUCAGGGUUUGGGGCGGGGUUUUGUUCGGCCGUGGUGCCUCGUGCGGGGGCGACGCAUGGAUGUGUUGCAUGCACCGUAGCCAUUGGGUUGCAGUUGCGGUUGGUGUUUGUUGGCGGUUGGCUGCAUGCGGUACAGACUGCCCGCUACGGCUGCUGCGCCAGCAGCAAGACGACCGAUCGCUUGACAACAACAUACGGUGAUAUGUACAACACCAGUGCACGACCGCCUGUCUGGCUUGACGGCAUGAUGCAUGUGCACAACAUGUGAGGUGGUUGUUUCAUGGCCGGGUGGUGUUGCGAUGUGGAUAAACACUUGUUGUGGUUGUGGGGACUGUUGAAAGAGGCAGUUGCGGCUUUCCUUGGCGGUAGUUGACCUGGAGGUUGGCGGCCGGGAUCCUUAUGAAGCAGUGCGUCCUAUGCUGUUUUAACC